AUGGCAAUACGAAUUUUAGUCGGUGUGAAACGAGCGAUUGACUAUGCAGUUAAAAUUCAAGUCAAAUCGGAUAAAUCGGGAGUGGUAACCGAAGGAGUGAAACAUUCGAUGAAUCCAUUCGAUGAAAUCGCAGUGGAAGAAGCAAUUCGCUUAAAAGAAAAGAAAGUUGCUCAAGAAGUUAUUGCCAUUUCAUGCGGACCGCCUCAAUGUCAAGAAACUCUACGAACAGCUUUGGCAUUAGGUGCUGAUCGAGCAAUACAUGUGGAAGUUGCAGGCAAGGAUUAUGAAACGUUACAACCGUUAGCCAUCUCGAAACUGAUAGCAGCCGUCGCCAAGAAGGAAAAUGUUGACUUAGUUCUUCUAGGAAAGCUGGCUAUUGAUGACGAUUCGAAUCAAACAGGUCAAAUGGUUGCUGGUCUUCUCUCCUGGCCCCAGGCUGUGUUCGCCUCUAAAGUUGAUAUAAAAGAUAAGAAAGCUGAGGUCAUGCGUGAAAUUGAUGGUGGUUCAGAAACAAUUCGUGUGAAAUUACCUGCUGUAAUUACUGCUGAUCUUCGUCUUAAUCAACCACGUUUUGCAAAUCUUCCAUCAAUCCAGAAAGCCAAGAAGAAACCAAUGGCAAAAAUGUCACCAAAAGAUUUAGGUGUUGAUAUAAAGCCGCACCAAGAAUAUCUUUCGUAUGAAGAACCACCUAAACGACAAGGCGGUGGUCGUGUAGCAAGUGUUGAUGAAUUAAUUAGCAAACUGAAAGAAAAAGGGCUGAUUUAA